AAAAUCACUAUUCAAUGAUGAUAACUACACAUUAUUUGUGAACAAGAGAGAUCAAAAAAAACAGAAAACCCUUUUUGAUCUCUUAUCAUGGAUAACAAGACAUCAUCCUCGUCAAGACCAAAAACUGCUGAUUUGGAUGCACCUCUUGAUACCAUAGGAUUUGAGUUUGAAGAUAUAUCAGCUGAGAAAGUUUCUGGAAAUCUUCAUCUUACCCAAAAGUGUUGCCAGCCAUUUAAGGUGCUUCAUGGAGGUGUAUCAGCAUUGAUAGCAGAAUCACUAGCAAGUAUUGGAGCACAUAUUGCUUGUGGUUACAAAAGAGUUGCAGGAAUUCAACUUAGCAUCAAUCAUUUGAAAGCGGCUUUUAUUGGUGAUUUUAUUCAUGCUGAAGCCACACCUUUGACUGUUGGGAAAUCAAUUCAGGUGUGGGAUGUGAGAAUCUGGAAGGUUGAUCCUUCAAAUUCACAAGACAAAAUGUUGAUAGCAUCUUCUAGAGUUACUCUUAAAAGCAACAUGCCAGUUCCAGAAAAUGCAAAAAACGCCGGAGACUUGCUAAAGAGGCACGCAAAAUUGUAGAUGUUUAUUUGAAUAAUCCAAUUUAAGUUAAAUUCAAUAAUGCUUGAAUGGAAUUACAAAUAAUCAUGGAGUCAUAAAUAUAUACAGAUUCAUGAUAAACUUUGUAGCUUCUUUUUUGGUACUAAGGAGGCAAUAAGAUUUUAAACUA